CGCCCUUCUCUAUCACACACGUAGUGGCAAAGACUUUGCCAAAAAAAACUCAGAUGCAACAGAAUCUGUGUUAAAUCAAUAAAAUAAACAAGUUGAACUGCUGAGGCUGUGGCUGGUUUUGGUGCUGUGCGUGUGUGACAGCGACAGGGGAUCCCCGAUUACAGAAAGCUUCGAUUUGGGCCAAGCACCGCCCCCGGAAAUCAUGGCGAGCAGGGAGGGCAAUGAGGUGUACGAUGACAUGAACCUGUACAUCACACCGGAGAGCUUCAUUGUGGAGCCGAACGGAGGGCCGGAGGUGCUCAUAGUCGGGCGCCACGACAAGGUCACAAGAGUUCAGCCAGCGGGCGGAGGUCAGUUGGCUAAUCUGCGGCCCACUAGGCGAAUUUGCGGGGUCCUCGGCACCAUUCACUUGCUGUGCUGCGACUACCUUUUAGUGGCUACCCAUCGACUCUUUGUCGGCGUCCUCAAUGGCGCCAUUGUGUGGAGAUUAGCAGGCUAUGACAUCAUACCCUACAUUCCGAAUGCCAUUCAGCGCAAGGAGAACGAGACCUACUUGCGGCUGCUGCGUCAAACGUUGGACACCAAGUUCUUCUAUUUCUCCUAUCGCUACGACCUUACUAACUCGCUCCAGCGCCAGCGCGAGGUGGCCCAAUCUCUGCCGGAAGAGCAAGGAGGCUUGUUGCAGCGGGCAGAGCAAAGAUUCGUUUGGAACGGCUUUGUGCUUCGGCAGUUUAACUGCGACAAGAUGGAGAAGUUUCAGCUGCCACUGGUCCUGGGAUUCGUGUCCAUCAACCAAGUCCAAAUUAACGGGCAGACCUUCUUCUGGAGCAUCAUAACUCGUCGAUCGGUGCAGCGUGCCGGGACCCGUCUGUUCUGCAGAGGCAUCGACGACCGGGGUCAUGUGGCCAAUUUUGUGGAGACCGAGCAAAUAGUUGAGUUUAACGGACAGCUCACAGGAUUCGUGCAGACGCGAGGCAGCAUGCCUUUUUACUGGCACCAGCUGCCCAACCUACGCUACAAGCCGCGUCCUGUUUUAAUUCCUGGCAAGGAUCAUCUGGCUGCUUGCAGCCUUCACUUCAACGAACAAAUUAAGCUGUAUGGCAACAACGUGGCUGUGAAUCUGGUGGAUCACAAAGGCGCAGAAGGUGAACUAGAAGCCACCUUCGCCCGUUUGAUACGUGAACUUGGUAAUCCACAAGUGCGCUACGAAUCAUUUGACUUCCAUAGCGAGUGCCGGAAGAUGCGCUGGGACAGGCUCAACAUACUUAUCGAUCGCCUGGCCCACGAACAGGAUCAGUUCGGUUUCUAUCACAUCUUCGAUGAUGGCAAAUUAGUGUCCACGCAGACGGGCGUCUUCCGGACAAAUUGCAUCGACUGUCUGGACAGGACGAAUGUGGUGCAGAGCAUGCUGGCCCGGAGAUCCCUAACGACGGUGCUCCAAAAGCUGGGAGUGCUGCAUGUGGGUCAGCGAGUAGAGAAUUCCUCCGCCCACUUUGAAAGCCUCUUUAAGGGCGUUUGGGCGGACAAUGCAGAUCUGGUGUCGCUGCAAUAUUCUGGAACGUGUGCCCUCAAGACCGAUUUCACCAGAACGGGCAAGAGGACCAAGGCUGGUGCCCUGCAGGACGGCAAGAACUCACUGAUGCGCUACUAUCUAAAUAACUUUGCCGAUGGCCAGCGGCAGGAUAGUAUGGAUCUGUUCCUUGGCAAGUAUCUGAUUAACGACAACGAGGGCGCUGCCUUGCCGUCGCCACUGGAAUCAAAGCAUGGAUGGCGGUUCUUCACCUUCCCCUCGGUGCUGCUGAUGGCCGUGGCCAUGUUUAUGAUCACGAUGACCUAUCCGGCUGAGUUUAACACUGAGAACUUGCUCUUCAUGCUCUUCUGGGGAGCGAUGAUCGCCGUGAGCGCCACGGGAAUUCUGCAUUACGGCAUCGAGUUCGUGCAGUGGCCGCGGCUUUUUCCGCCCAUCUUCUUUCGAAACCCAUGACAUUAGUGUCGUCUAGCAGAGUCACUGGGAACUACCUCUGCAGCAUAAAAACAGUCGCAUUGCUCCGAGAAAAUAUCUUGUAAACCAAUUUCUGUAACUGAUUUCAAUACCCCUCAAAUUCUGCCCUCCGUUUUUUGUUUGUUUUUCUUUGUUUUUGUUUAGUUUUAAAACCUCCAAAUCCAUUCCUUUCUGCAACUUGUUAGUUAUUAAACACACACACACAACAUAUAGGCGAGCUUCAGGCGCUUGGAAAUGGAGAUGAAUGUAUUUUCGAGUGGGAGGGCAAGGAGUUUGUCAAGGCGCCGCUUAUUAACUGCGAUUAAUUGCAAAGUAGAUCAAUCACUUUUGUAGAAACAUUUUAUGACAUUAAAUAAAGUAUUUUACGCAUUGCUAGAAAACCUCAA